AUGGCUUGUAUGUCUGUGACUUUUUGUUGGAGUUUGGUGAUCUUCUACGUCUUGGUGAAGACCCAGGCUUUACCUACAAACCGUCUUGUCAAUUCGACCUCAUCUCCAAUCGGUACCCAGCAUUGCAAUAAUGUGUAUUUCUACGAGGCACCCAACGAGAAAAUUGCGUCAAUGUUGAAAGAAAUAAAGGAACAACUGGAUCAGUUACAAACCGAUAUCAAUAUCCUAAUAGGAAACAAGUCUAAUGAGAAUGGUAUGAAUUCCUUUUAAUCUGUAUUUCUAGUCUAGAUUUUUUAUCAAUGUUUAUUGUCUUGCAAACCCUCAGAUAUCAUGGGCCAGAUAGGAAAAUAGCGCUGUAAAGGGUGGGUUUUCUUAGUAGAUUAGUCUGGGACGCGGAUUGGAAUCAAAGGAAUUUUGUCUAGAAUAUCAAAUCUCUAAUGGGGAAUCAAUUAAUCAGUUUUCUCUGCACCGUCUCUGGUUCAGUCAUUACCUGAGUCAUGGUGAGUCCCACUAUAAUAUGGUAAGAAUUAGUUUAGGAAUUAAUCUUAGAGUUUUAGUAGCAGAAGGCCACCUCACCACAUCAGAAUUAAUAAAAGAAAACCAGAGAUUUCAAUUGACCACGUACCACGAAAUAAUCAGCUGAAGGAGUCAAUAUGUACAUAAACAAAAUUAGUCUAAACCUAGUUCACUGGUAUAGAGCCAAUUUUAAUGUAAUGCUGUCACCUUAUAUGGCAUUGUAUUGUGUAAACUCAAGGUCCCGGAUUUACCACCAAGAGGUUGUUAGUGAGCUUGUAAUAAAUGUCAUUUUGAUCAACUCCUGAUUCCUCCUUAAACAGCAACUUUACACCAGAGACAGAAAAAAGUAAAACGAUUCUUUUUAUCAAGAAGCCCCAUAAUAGACGUUCACUCCUUAACCCUUUAAACCCUAACAUCAAAAUUCAAAUUCUCAUUUGUUAUCCAGAUACGUUUUCAGUAGAAGAAGUGGGGAGAAUUUGUAGAAGUGUCAAUUAGAUUCAUCUUGUGUGAUCAUGUCCUUAAUUGUCAUGACCACUCUGUUCUAUAAAGCAAUGUUAUUACAAGGAGAAAUUUGACGCUGAUCACUCUUAGGGUUAAUAGAGAUUUGCUGUACAAUCAACUCUCAUCAAGACGGAGACCUUUGGAACGGGCACUUAGUACCCGCCCCGGGAAGGGGAUUCCCUUGUAUUGCGCCGUUUUGGUCUGAAAACGGGUAUACACUUUCCCCAUUUUGGUCUGGAAUCGGGUAUGGUUUUCGAGGGAACUACGGGAGUGUGUGAACUUAUUCAUCGUUUCUAUUCCAAAUGAGUACACGAAGGAAAGAGAAAUAUACAGAUUCGAAAUGGAUUUGAAGAGUUUUUUGUUUGCGCUCUUAUCUAAGUAAUGAUAACAUAAUUUCUGCCUAAAGGCCAGGUCUAAAAAAGGGUUAUGGAUUUUAGAGGUCUGGUCUGAAAACGGGUGUGAAAGAUUACAUUUUUUGGUCUGAAAUAGGGUCAGGAUUUGGAGAACCGGGCGGCACACCCCCACCAAGAAUUUUCAGGAGUACCCCUCCGCCCCCCGGGGUACCCGUCUUAGAGAGAUCUCCGUCUUAUAGAAGGUCAAAUAAAGGGAGUAAACAAAGGAAGGGACCAACUCUAGGUCCCCGUUUUAUAGAGGUGUCCUUAAGAGAGAGUCUAUUGUAACAGUAAUCACUUUCUGAACAGCUAAACAGCAGAACUGUGCUGAGCUUUACAAAGCUGGGGAAAGAAUCAGUGGUGUUUAUACAAUCGACCCUGAUGGUCAAGGUGCAUUUGAUGUAUUCUGUGACCAAACAACAACCGGAGGGGGGUGGACAGUGUUCCAAAAGAGACUGGACGGCUCGGUUGAUUUCUACCUCGACUGGGCUGACUACAAGUGGGGGUUCGGUAACCUGAAUGGCGAGUUUUGGCUUGGACUGGACAAGAUUAACCGGCUGACCAAAUCAAAUAACAGGCUUCGAGUUGAUCUGGAGGACACUACAGGCAAAACCGCUUACGCUGAAUAUGGCAUGUUUGCUGUUACAAGCGAGAGGACUAAGUACCAGCUUAGUUUAGGAACUUAUUCAGGUGAACUAAUGACACAUCCCCCCCCUCCCCCAAAAUUGCAUUCAGUGUUUUAUUAUUAUCGUUUUGAAAAUCAAUCAAGAUAAAGAAUUCCCUUUGUUUACCAAUCCGGUGAUCAUGACAGAGAUAAAUACAAAUUUUACGGGAACAAAGUCACAAUGCUCAUACGUCUAAUUAAAAAAAAAUGCAUUUCCACAAAUAUUUUGAGGAACCUAAUAUCACUAAUGCCGAAAAAACAUGGCAAGGCAUAAAUGAACUCAUAAAUCGACAGAAGAAGAAACAAAAAGCUAUUUUUGUUCUAAAAUGCCCGAGAAGUAAUAAACUAUUAAAUGAUCCGACUGAGUUUCCAAAUAUUUUCAAUAAUUUUUUCUCAUCAGUAUUAGAAAUCUCCCAAAACAAAGUUUUAAAAAGAAAAUACGUGACUGCUUACUUCAAAUCCUUUCACAAACAAACGAUUAUCCUGAUCUACCUACCUUAUUAGGACAAAUGCAACAUAUUCAAAAUCGUCCGUAAUUCACCCACUUGUUAUCUUUGCAAUCAUCUAAAUAGUGUACUUGUAAGCUUCUGACUUUGUAUUCCAGUUAAUCUCAGCUAUGUUUUUAACCUAACCUUUGUGCUGUUCCGUACCUUUUGUACAACUUAAUAUAUUUAUAUAAGCUUAAAUAACUUUUGUUUACCUGUUCAUUUAAUAUAAUGCCAUGAGUGCGUAUUUUGUUUUAUAUAGACACUGCCCACCUAGACUAGCCUAUUCUAUUUGUGGGCAGUGAGAAAAUAGAAUUGUAAAUAUCUGAAUAUCUGAAUAAACCAACGUCACUAAACCAACCAACAACACUAAGUUUAAUAUUCAAAAAUGUAUUCAAAAAAUGUCUCUAUGGGCUUUCCUUGACUUCGUCAUGGUCCUUAGUUAUCUCCACAGCUUAAAUUCCCCAAAGCGACCUUUCUCUUCCACUUCAAUACUACAAAUUAUAUUCAGAUUUUCUAUUUAAAAUUUCAAAAAUUCCUGGUAAAAUUCCCUUGUAUUAAUUCUAGGAACCGCUGGCGACUCUCUUAUUCAGCAUCGAGGCGCGUUGAAGCUCUUGUAUCAAUUCACCAUAACUAUAACAAAUCUUGUGAUUUUUUAAGCAUUUUUUUGUUUUCAACUUAAAGCACAAGUUAUUCCGACGGUUGUUUGCAAGCAGUGACUUAAAAAUUAUUCAAGUGCGCGCGCACGAUGGAUUUUACUGUCCAGUUACUUAAGGAUGACUCGCACUGUCCUAUUACACUGUCCUAUUAAUGCUAAAAUAGGGACAGCUGAUAGCCAAUCAUAUUCGUGAAAUUGUUAUAGUUUUGUUGAUAGUAAACUGCUCUUGUGUAUUUUUUAGGAACCGCUGGAGACUCUUUUUCUUGGCAUCGUGGCCAGCCAUUUAGCACUAAAGACCAAGAUAAUGAUAGCGCAAAAACAACGAACUGUGCAGUGUCCUUCAAAGGAAGCUGGUGGUACAAAAACUGUCAUGAGUCCAAUCUUAAUGGUUUUUAUCACCAUGGUUCACAUUCAUCCUCUACUGAUGGCCUCAACUGGAAAACAUGGAAAGGAUAUUACUACUCUGCCAAGAGAGCUGAGAUGAAGAUCAGACCAGUGAACUUUUAG